AAAGAAAUUGGAAAACCAAUUUGGACUUUUAUGUCUGCCGGGUGGAUACACAGGCUUCAGAGCUUCAAGCUCUCACACUCCUUGCCCUAACACAAAAAAUUAAAUCGGGGGUUUUCUUUAAACCCUAGAAUAUAUCUCAUGGUGGAUUCGCAUUCUCACCCCUCUUCAACGUCGAUCUUCAAUCUUACUCCUCCAUUUAAUUUUUCUGGCUCACAUUGGAUGUCAAUAUUGGGUAUAUCACAAUUGUUAUCCCUGGUUCAUUCCUCAAUGAGAUCGUUAUGAUGUACUACUUAGUUCAUUUUUAUUUGGUGCUGUGCGUGUAAUCACUCAACCUGCGUGGCCAAAAUGUGGAAUUUUGCAUCAACUUGCAUAGCUGGGACUGUUGGAUCGAAGAAGGACCCUUCGAAGCCUGCUUCUGAAUGUUCUGAUGAUGAGGGGUCUUCGGUGGUUGGCAGAGAGGAAGGGCUAGAAUGCCCAAUAUGCUGGGAAUCCUUCAACAUUGUUGAGAAUGUUCCCUAUGUUUUAUGGUGUGGGCAUACCCUUUGUAAAAAUUGCAUCCUGGGACUGCAAUGGGCAGUUGUGAAAUUCCCCACUCUACCGAUUCAGCUCCCACUCUUCAUUUCCUGUCCUUGGUGUAAUCUCUUGUCCUUCCGUCUGGUUUACCGUGGCAAUCUCAGAUUCCCUCGAAAGAACUACUUUCUCCUUUGGAUGGUUGAGAGCAUGAAUGGUGAUAGAGUUAAGACUCCUUCAACCUACACUGAAGAUCAACAACCCUGGCCUAUAAAUGGCAAUACAUCUACGGCUAGUCAAGUUAGCCACUGUAAUCUUAGGAGGGGACAUCAUAUCCGACAUCCUGAGACACCAAGGUCAAAUGACCAUGUCCAUGUCAAUAAUUAUUUAACUAUGGAAAGGUUACAUUCGUCUCUUAGGAAGUCAUUGUUUUUCUUUGUUCAUUUGACAGCCAAGUUUCCCUUGGUUGUGAUAUUUCUUCUUAUUGUCUUAUAUGCCAUACCAGCCAGUGCUGCCAUAUUGGCUCUGUACAUACUCGUCACAAUUCUGUUUGCGCUCCCGUCAUUUCUCAUAUUGUACUUUGCAUAUCCUAGUUUGGAUUGGCUUGUGAGAGAAAUUGUUACUUGAGAUGUCAUUUGCUUCCAAGCUUUCAAGCUCUGUGAAUAGAAGUUUCACCUACUGUCCUACGUGGUAUCACCUCCAUAUUGCAGCAGUAUGUGUAAUUUGACGACUUUACCGAUAUUCGAAGUUUUCUUUGUUAUUGUUACAAUUAUCUGAGAUCAUGUGGAAGUUUGAUGAUGCAGUUGAAAGUAAUUGCUUCACGAUUUAGUGAGAAUUCAGAUUUCAGGUAAACUCAGUAGUAUGAAUCAAUACAUUGUCCGUUAAGCUCUUGUUUUUUUGUUUUUUUUUUUGUUUGUAUGAAGAGGAGGAGAAACCUUUUCAUAUGUUACAAUAAGUUCUAUGCUUGUUAUGUAACUAAAUUCAGUUGAUUUUGUUUGAAUACAAUACAAUAUAGUAUAUAGUUUCGACAA